AUGAAAUCCCAAACCGAAUAUAAAUUGAAAUCCGCACCAGAAGAUGCCAUUUCGGCAGUGAAAUUCGGCCCCAACACCAACCAAUUUCUUUUGGUUAGCUCUUGGGAUGGAUAUGUCCGAUUGUACGACGUAACUGCAAAUAAUUUGAGACACAAAUAUUCACAUGAUGCUGCCGUUUUGGAUUGUUGCUUCACUGAUGCUGUACAUUCAUACAGUGGUGGACUGGACACGGCUUUGAAGUCCUUUGACUUCAACACCACCAAAGAGAGCACAGUGGGCACCCACGGCAAUGCUAUCAAAUGUGUUGAAUAUUGUAGUGAAGUAAAUGGUAUUAUCACUGGUAGCUGGGACCACCAUGUUAAAUUGUGGGACCCUAGAACGCCCAUGUGCAGUGGUAGUUAUAACCAAGGGGAAAGAGUUUAUACAAUGAGUGUUUGUGGUGAAAAACUAGUUGUGGGAACAGCAGGAAGGAAGAUCCUUGUGUGGGAUGUGAGAAACAUGUCUUACACAGUACAGAAACGAGAAUCAAAUUUAAAAUACCAGACAAGAGCAAUCAGAUGCUUCCCUAACAAGCAAGGUUAUGUUCUCAGUAGUAUAGAAGGAAGAGUUGCAGUUGAAUACUUGGACACCAAUCCAGAAGUUCAAAAGAAGAAGUAUGCUUUCAAGUGUCAUAGAAUAAAAGAAGAUGGAUUAGAGAAAAUCUACCCAGUCAAUGCUAUAAGUUUCCACCCAUUGCAUAACACAUUUGCUACUGGUGGCUCAGAUGGGUAUGUUAAUAUAUGGGAUGGAUUCAAUAAGAAAAGACUUUGCCAAUUCCAUCAAUACCACACAUCUGUGACAUCUCUGAGCUUCAACCACAAUGGGUCAGUUUUGGCUAUUGCUUGUUCAUAUUCAUUGGAAGAAGAUAAUCUGCCAAAUCCAAUGCCUGAAGACAUAAUCUAUAUUCGGAGUGUUACUGACCAAGAGACUAAACCUAAAUAUAGUUCUUAA